GUAGCGCUUGCAUACUUUAUGCUGUCACCUGCUGGAUUUCCUCAGGAGAAGCCGUUUGUAUUUGCCCAAGUGUUCUGUGCUCUGCUUUCACUACUGACAAGACUACUAACUGCUUGGCACCUCACCGAGAAGUCGACACGUGGAUUGUUAAUUUCAGACCAUGUGGCUGCUUGGCUUAUCUGUGAAUGCGUGAAAUUUUGCACCAUGAAAGGAAGCAAUCAGGAUGAGAUCGAUAAAAUGUCCAAAAGAACAACUCUUUGGUUGGAGGGCAAGGGCUCUUUUUAUUUGGAAAACAUCUUCUAUUUCGAUGCUGCUCUCAGUCUUCUAAUGGCCUUCACUCAUUUUGCUUUUCCACACCAUAUUUUAAAACUAAUCAACUCAACGUACACUCUGGAUUCUCAUCAUGUGAUGUGGUGUCGCAUGUUUGGCUGUCUCUGUUUACUUCCGGCUUUGUGCUCCCUUUCAGCUCGUCACCUAUCGCCCCACGUUCAGACCCAUUACCUGGCCAGCCGUCUAAUUACACAAGUGAUGGUGCUUCUUCUGAAUAUCUUUGGUCAUUGGGUGAUGCCAAUCUACUCUCCGAAUCAUAUCUCUGGAUUCAUGGUCUCAGGAUUUUAUAUGUCUUUCCUGUUCUCCUCUUUUUAUCAAUACUUCAUCACAAACCUUGUCAUCUGCUGCCUUUUAUAG